UUUCCCCAAACGAACUUAGUUCCAUCCCAACAAGUGUCAGUGUUUACCAAAAAAAUGCUAGUCAUUUUGAUAAUUCUGGCAAUAGGUGUUGCCUUCUAUUUCCUCAAACUGAAUUAUCAGUAUUGGGAAAAAAGGGGCAUUCCUGGACCCAAACCCAACUUUUUGGUGGGGAAUAUGGGCAGGAGUUUCAUCUUGAAAGCCUCACCUGGGGAGAUUUUCGCCGAAGCUUACCAUAAAUAUAAUGAGUCAGAAAUUGUGGGAAUGUACCGAGCGACCACUCCUGUCUUGGUCGUACGUGACCCCGAUUUGGUCAAAGAGGUCACAAUCAAAUCUUUUGACCAUUUUAGAGAAAAUGACUAUGAAGUGGACAAGAGACACGACCCCAUUUUUGCGAGAAAUCCCUUCGUUCUGAAAGGGGAGGAGUGGAGGACGGUUAGGGCCCAACUAACGCCAGGUUUCACCAGCGGAAAAAUGAAGUGGUUGUACCCUUAUUUGGAAAAAAUCAGCGAAAAUCUGGUCAAAUUUGUCGAAACACAAAUUAACACAAAUUGCGAAGUCAAAGAAAUCUGCCGCCGUUUCACACUAAAUAACGUCGCAACUUGCGCUUUUGGCCUUGAGGGCAAAUGUCUGGAAGAGGAAAAUAGCGAAUUUCGCCAACUGGCCAAAGAUUUUUUCACACCUCCGAGCAGUUUUUUCCUUAUGACGGUUUCCCCAACCUUGUCAAAGGCCCUAGCAGCUGGCUUUAUUAAAAAAACAAUCGUGAGUAAAUUUGUGGACAUGGUGACCCAGACCCUAAAAUACCGUGAGGAAAACAACAUCGUCCGAAACGACUAUCUCCACGUUGUCAGCCAAUUGAAAAAAAACUCAAACAACUACAAAUUCACCGAUAUUGAUGUGACAGCACAUGCUGCUGGUUUUUUUGGAGAAGGCUACGAAACAAGCUCGAUUUUAAUGAGCUUUGUGCUUUUCGAAAUUGCCCAAAACCCCCACGUUCAAAAUAAAUUACGUGAGGAAAUAAACAAAGCGUUUGAAGAGAACGGAACGUUACCGUACGAAGUACUACAAUCGCUACCGUACCUAGACGGUGUUGUUAAUGAGACACUCCGUAUCCACCCGCCGAUGUUUUCGCUCCAAAAAAUCUGCACCAAAAAUUUCACCUACACGUCCAAAAAUGGCAAUCAAGUGACCAUUGAAGCUGGAACGCCCAUUAUUUUACCAGUCUAUGGACUCCACCAUGAUCCCAAAUACUACCCAGACCCUGAAACGUUCAAACCGGAACGUUUUAUGGGCGAGAAUAGGGAAAAAUUGACCAAGUACACGUUUUUGCCAUUUGGGGAAGGACCAAGGAUAUGUUUAGGAAAACGGUUCGGAGUUUUGCAAAUCAAAGUAGGCCUUGCUUACAUUAUCCGAAAUUUCGAACUGUCGGUAAAUGGGAGAACGAUUUUACCGAUCAGGUACGACCCUAUUAAUAUCAUGACGGCUCCUGUUGGUGGGCUGUGGAUUGAUUUUAGGAAAAUAGAGACUUAAAUAAUAAGUAAUAACGUACUUAAAAUUAUCUGUUGAGGUAAUUAAUUUAUGGUAUUUUUUGUAUCAAAUGUUGUGACCGAAAUAAUGUACUAUAAAUACAUUUUCUGAAAUAAAGUAAUAAAAAAAUGUA